AAACACAGACAAGGGUUACCAUUAAUCAGAUGAAGUUACUUAUUUCAUUUAUAUCUCAUCAGUUCUACAAUUAUUUCAUUAUCAAUAUAAAUAGUAUAUUAUGCAGGUUUCCAUCUUGUGUCAUGGCAUAUGAAUGGCAGGCAAUUAUUACCUGUGAGAAAUAAUUAGACUUAGUUACAGAUUUUGUAAGGAUGUUGGCAACACUGAUCUGGUUCCAGUGAGUGCGCAGGUCUGAGCCACUUUGGCAGCUCCUCAGUUGAGUUACAACCUCUGCAGGAGAAGGUACAAUGGCUACAACGAGAUCACAUCCGAGGUUCUGGCUCCUGGGCAAUUCAUCAGGAAGUUUAUCCAUGUCAAGGCUGCCUACAAGUAAAGAUGCCCUACUAAUGGUGCAACAUUUUCAUAUAAAUGAGGCACAAACCAUUACCGUGAGUUUAAACAAAGCAUGUCUGAAAGUUAAGGAAGUUUGGGAUCAUGCUCAUAUCCCAACACAACGGGUAGAUUCUUGUGCCCGUAAGCUUUCAAAGUUAUAUCAUCAGUACCAGAUGCUCAAAGUUAACCGGAAUAGACAGCGUGAGAGUGACAUAAUGAAAGAACAAGUGUUCCAAGCUGAUAUUGAGAAGCUAUUUGAUAUUGCCACGAAAGAUGCAAUGAUGACAAUGGUUAAUUUGGAGGACAAGAAAUUCCUCACUAUGCAGCGGGAAAGUGUUCAGUCAUGUAGCAUGGCUAGUAUUGAUAAAGAAUUAGCUUCACUUGAAACCAGGAGGCAACAGAGAAAGGAAAAAGAGUCCAUGGCAAAGGCUAGAUAUGAAGCAAGGGAAGAAUUUAAUAAAACAGGACAAGCUUUCCACUACGAUCCUUCUUCUUCAUCAUCAUCAUCAGAAGAAGAGUAUCAGCCAUCAGCUCCUAUUCCAUCUUCGUAA